CAGAAUCAACUGUCAAAGAUCAAAAAGAAUGUCAGAAAAAGAGACAAUUGUAGUCAUUGGCGCCGGUGUUAUCGGGCUCUCUACAGCCCUCCACCUUCAACAAUUCAUCUCCCCCUCACAACAAAUCCUCAUUGUCGCCCGCGACUGGCCCAGCACCACGUCCGUCAACUAUGCCUCGCCUUGGGCCGGCGCCCAUUACCGCCCCGUCCCUGGCUCCUCGCCGCAAGCCCUCCGCGAGGAGAAGCAGGCCCGCCGCACAUAUGACCAUUUCAAACACGAAGCGAAAGUGCCAGGCUCCGGCGUCGAGUGGACAGAAGGCAUUGAGCACCUGGAAUCUCCGCCACCGGAAUACCUUACCGAGAAUGCUCUCGAGAACUACACACACCUCGACGGGUUUCGGCAGUUACAACCAAGCGAACUUCCAGAGGGCGUCAAGUGGGGCGUGCGCUACAAUACAUUCACGAUCAACUCGCCUGUUUACUGUGCUUACAUGCUGAGAAGGUUUGUGCUGAAGGGUGGGCUCGUGAAGGAGUAUUCGCUUGCCAACGUACAGGAGGCGUUCUAUCUUGCCGAAAAUGUACGGACCGUGGUGAACUGCUCUGGGCUUGGGUUUGGAGACCCAAAGUCGUUUAUUAUCCGGGGCCAAACUUGCCUCGUCCGCAACUCCUGCUCUGUGACGCUCACCCGUCAGAACUCUGACGGCUCCUGGUCCUUUUGCGUUCCCCGCCCUCUGGAGGGUGGUACCAUCAUCGGCGGAACGAAACAACCGCACGACUGGGACCCAAACCCGUCGCUGGAGACGCGAGAGACUCUGCUCCGCAAUGCGAGCAAAUGGUUCCCGUUCACACCAGCGAGCGGCGGCAAGUUCGAUGUCAUCCGUGAUAUUGUUGGACGUCGUCCAGCGCGCCAGGGAGGAAUGCGAAUCGAGGUUGAGAAAGUUGGUGAUGGGAAGACUAUCGUCCAUGGAUACGGUGCUGCUGGACGAGGUUAUGAAAUAUCUUGGGGAGUUGCGGAGGACGUCGUGAAACUGAUCAGGGAGGAGGGCCUGGUGCCAGAAAGAGCAUCGCUUUAGGUAAAGGAUUACCUUUACGCCCAAACGAUGGCUCAUAGUAUAUAAGCACCAAACACAUUUUGUACUGAUAAGCAUUUUAGGCUGGCACGUGCUAAUGCACCUUAUGGAAAUAUAUAUUUUGACCCAGCAAUGACGAUAUCACCACAACGCUACUUAGUUUUUCACUCUGCCGCCCAGCGAGCGAAUAGCUGAAUUUGAGAUUUAGACUUCAAAAUGGCAU